GCGGCCCGAAGACGUCAGCGCCGCGACGUUAUCUCCCUUGGCCGGGUAGUGAAUCAGUGCGCUGUAGCUUGUGGUUCAGCAGGACCCGGAGCGGAAGGCAGGAGGAAGCCUGACUGCUCGCUGACGCUCAUUCUAUCGACUCCUUGAAAUAUGCCUGUGAAGAAAAAGAGAAAAUCCAGCUCUACGGACGAAAUGAACAUGAAAAAAUGUAGAAUAACCAGUUACUGCAGGUCACAAGCACCCGGUAGACUAAUAAGUGGUGAAGAACUGUUUUCAAGCAAGAAAUGCCUGGCCUGGUUUUAUGAGUACGCAGGUCCUGAUGAAAUUGUUGGACCAGAAGCCAUGGAAAAAUUUUGUGAAGACAUUGGCGUAGAACCGGAAAAUAUAAUUAUGUUGGUAUUGGCCUGGAAACUAGAGGCUGAAAACAUGGGCUUUUUUACCAAAGAAGAAUGGCUAAAAGGGAUGACCUCUUUACAAUGUGACUCCACAGAGAAGUUACAGAGUAAAUUCGACUACAUGCGCGCCCAGCUCAACGACAUCACUGCUUUUAAAAAUAUUUACAGAUAUGCUUUUGAUUUUGCAAGGGACAAGGACCAGAGAAGUCUUGAUAUUGAUACGGCAAAGUCCAUGUUAGCCCUCUUGCUGGGUAGAACAUGGCCACUCUUUCCUGUAUUCUUUCAGUAUCUUGAGCAAUCAAAGUACAGAGUUAUGAACAAAGACCAGUGGUACAAUGUCCUAGAAUUCAGCAGAACCGUGCACGCCGACCUUAGCAACUACGAUGAAGAUGGUGCAUGGCCCGUUCUCCUUGAUGAAUUUGUCGAAUGGCAUAAGUUAACUAAUAUUAAUUUAUAUGAAGCCAUUACCUGCUGUGGGUAGAAGUCAAUUACACUGUGGCAGUGUCGGACAAGAUGGACAUUUGAGUGUUUUGGUUAAACCAUAGAUGAGGAUAAAAGCCUGUCUCUGAGCGUGCUGAUAGAAGCGCAGAUAAGGAUAUCCGAUAUGAAAGAUGUUAUGACUUUGCAGUGAACUCCUGAUGUUUUCACCAGUGCAAGCAAAGCAACGGGUGUCCUUGGGAGGCAGGCUGCCGUACUGUGUGAAAGAAGUUAUUCUCAAGGCUUCUGAACACACUAAUGGCUUUAACUCUUUAAUCAAGGUUCAAACAGAAUGAGAAUGUGUGGGUUAACCAACUGUGCCUAAAAAGGAUUCCCCAGUAGUAGUAGUAGUUUGAGAACCCCAACAAUCAGAGCGCACUGUUUAAUUGACGUGAAUAAGAUUGUAUCGCUAAAAAAAAUGUAUUAAAAAAUAUGGUCUUUGAUUAUAUCUCUGUUUCUGGACUGUGCUUUGCCCGGUACAUCUGGAUUUCGGUAUGAAAGCUCUCACCCUAACCAGUGUACCCCCAUACCUACUGUAUACCCCCUGCUUAUUCUUCAAGUGAAUUUCCAAGUUUGCCAAGCCUCAGCCUCUAGUAAUAAGUUAAACAUUUUGGCUGAUGGUUGAGGACAUUGACUGACUAAAACAUGUAGUGUUUGGAAGUAGGAAAAAAAAUACUUUUAAGAUUUGACGCCAUUAUUUGUUCUCUGUAAUGUCACAUUGAUGAGUGAAAUGUUUGUUCCAAUUUAAAUGCCGCAUUAAAUAUUUUUGUUUCAGA